AUGCAUUUAAAUAAAAUUUUCUCCAUUGCCGCAUUGAGCGCAGCCGUUUCGCUGGCCGCUUGCACCAGCACCAAAAACCCCAACAAAAUUGACUAUAAAAGCCAGAAAAAAGGCGUCUCACUAGAAGUCCCACCAGGCUUGAGUGACUACGACAAAAACAACCAAUUUGACUUAAGCAAAGGCGUAAGCGCCAGCACAGUCAACGCAACGCCAACCAGCAACGCAGUUGCCACGCCCUUAUUGCUACAGGCAAAAGACAUGCGCAUCGAAAAAGCAGGCGACACACAUUGGUUGGUCAUCAACCGCCCAGCCGAACAAGUCUGGCCAGUGUUGUCUGAGUUUUGGGAAGAAAACGGUUUUUCAAUCCGCAGCAGCUCAGCCAAGUUGGGCAUUUUAGAAACCGACUGGGCAGAAAACCGCGCAGCAUUGCCGCAAGGCGGUUUACGCAAAGUCAUCGGCAAAGCCUUAGAUGGUUUAUACGAGACCGGCAUGCGCGAUAUGUUCAAAACCCGCAUUGAGCGCACGGGCGCUGGCGUUGAGGUUUACAUCAGCCACCGUGGCAUGGAAGAAGUUUACACAUCUGCCUCAAAAGACAACACCACUUGGCAGCCACGCGCAGUUGAUUCACAGCUUGAAACCGAGUUUUUACGCCGCCUCAUGGUUAAAUUGGGCACAGACGAAAAACAAGCCCAAACCGCAUUAAACAACAGCAUCAACACCGCCAAAGCCGUGACCAUUUCGGGCGCCAACCUCAUUGUGAGCGACAACAUGGAAAACACAUGGCGUCGCGUGGGUUUAUCGCUCGACCGCGUGGGCUUAUCGGUCACCGACCGCAACUACGCAUCGCGCAUUUAUUACGUCACCCCAAGCCCAGACGACCGAGGCAUUUUCCGCAAAUCAUUUGGCAAAUUAAACGAGACCUACCAAGUCAAGUUUAAAGAGAUUAACGCGAAUCAAAUUCAGGUGAGUUUCUUAGACAAAAAUGAUGCGGUAAUGGCAGGCUCAGACGUUGAAAAAGUCCUCAAAAACCUCCAAAAAAUCAUGAAAUAA